AUGGACUCUUCUCUUCUUCUUCCUCAAUGGUCCGAUCUUCCUUUAGACCUUCUUCAGCUGAUCUCCGAUCGUCUCUCAUCAGACACCGUUGACCUCCUCUGCCUCCGUUCUGUAUGUGCCACGUGGCGUCUCUCUCUUCCUCCGUCCCACAACAAAAACCCUUUGGCUAAAUUUCCAAAGCAUCUUCCUUUCUGGUCAUCUUCAUCCUCUGGUUUCUUCAUCCUGAAACAGAGCAGUGUCUAUAAACUCGAAGCUCCAAAGACCAGCUGGUUGGUUAAGCUUCAAGAGACAUCUCCAGGGAAAAUGCGAGUCUUGGAUCUCUUCUCAAACGACAAAAUCAGCUUCUUGCCUGACAAUUUCCCGGAAAAUAUCGAUUUGCAAGAAUUUCAUGUGAGACUAAUUCGCAGAGCUUAUCGUAUGGAGUACGCAAGCAAUGGUGGUGCUGAGCUGUCUUGUUUCUGGUCACUGAGCUCCGACAAAGUGGUGGUUCUGUCUUCAGGGGAAGACUCAGCGGUAAUGGCGAUUCACAGCGGCGGGAAAUUAGGAUUUCUGAAAAGUGGAGACGGCGGAAGAUGGAGAAUUUUGGAUGAUUCGUGGAAUGUGAUUUACGAGGACAUAAUGGUAUACGGAGAGUCUUGCAUCGUUGUAGACGAUAAGGGCAAAACCGUAAUUUACGAUAUGGAUUUCGAGGUUUCGGAUUUGGCCGAAGGUUUAGCCGGAGGAGGAGGUCACAAGAAGCAUCUCGUGGAAUGUUCCGCCGGCGGAGGAGGAGUGUUGCUUGUGGACAAGUACGUGAGACACGUUUGGUGCAAAUCGGAGUUUUCGAAAUCCGCGGCGGAGUUAGAGUGUAUAAGCUGA